CACUCAGUCUCUCUCUCUCUCUCUCACUUCCAUUCCAUUGCUCUCUGUUUUGAAACUCUCUGAAGCAGUUAGGGUUUUAUUGGUUCUUCGAGGAGACAAGGAAAGAUUUUCUCUUUUAAAAAACGAAAAAGGAAAAGGAAAAGAAAGCCAAGGAAAGUUGCAGAAGCAUUUGCAAACGCUCUCAAGAUCGAGUCAUUUCUGGUGAAAAUUUCAGAGCCAGGUACUCAAGUUUGCACAUUCUUUUCUCAAAUUUUCGUGCUAUGGAAAAGAAAUCUGAGGAGGCAGAAUCGGAGUCUGGGGUAUACGAGUUACCGGGAGAGCCAGCUGUUGUUAUCAAUGGAGUGCCUGAGAUAAACCCAAAUUGCAACACUCUUGUCCUGUCUAACGUGGAGAAGGAAGAUGGAGAGUCUCAGAAAGAUGAAGGGUGUGGUGAAUGGUUGGAAGGAAGGGAAGUUCGAAAACUGUUUGGGGAAAGAUAUUAUCGUGGUUCUGUCAUCCAGUUUGACAAGGAAACUGGGUGGUAUAGGGUGGAGUAUGAAGAUGGUGAUUCUGAGGAUCUUGACUGGCAUGAGUUGGAAGAGGUGCUUCUGCCUGUGGACAUUACAAUUCCGCUGAAAGCAGUGGCUGUGAAGCUGUUAAAGAAGAACCAGAAAGCUGCCAUUCAUAAACCUGGAAACUUGGUGGCUGCAGGGUCUGCAAUUCAGAAGGCCAAGCAUGUGGGAAAGAAGGGAAAGAUGAGUGAAGCACUUAAAGAAGCUUGAUUUAGACCUGAAAUACUUGGAGUGCACAAGAAGUGGAUAAGAAAUUGGAAUUGAAAUUGAAGAAGGUUUAUUUGGUGGAUCUUGUAGCUGGUAGGUCAAUUUGAUACUGAGAAUGUUUUUGUUUUAGUCAUCAAUAUCAUCGUUGUAUGGAAAUUUUUUCUGUGAGUGGAAAAGUAGUAGAAAAAGAAAACAAUUACCAAUUUAUUCCCAUGUGUGCAGUAUCUGUUUAGCCUUGCUAUCUUAACUUUUUCCAUGGGAGUCUAGUUUGAGAGUUUGUACUCAUUGUUUUACUGCAGAAAUAGACUCGUGCAGUUUAGAAUUUUA